GCUGUGUCUGCGUGUGGGGGGAAUUGGCCAAUGAGAAGUUAAUUUCCAGUUGAUGCACUUUAUGUAUUCACCACAACCACAAACUGCAAGACAGUGCAACACUUGCAUUAACAGUAUAAACACUAUAACGACUCAAGUUACUUUUAAGAAGAGAAAGGCAAAGAUACAAGACUGUGUACAUCAUUUUUGUCCUGAGUCAAGGGACUACCUAUCCCACAAUCCCUUGCGAAUUACAUCGUUUCUUCUGCAGCAAAAGUAGUGGAUUUUUUUAUACAGAGCCCAGUAAAGUUACAGAAGACAGCAGCAUAAAGAGAGGCAACAGGAUGUCCGCGUCAAGAAAGGAGCUCCAGAAGGCCUUGUUGCGCUACACUGCAGACACCCUCAUCCACAUCCACACGGUGAGAGGAUUCUGUGAGAGGGUCCCUGAAUGGAUGCAAGAGAGGGAGUCAGAGUUAAAUAUGAUGAUGGACAUCAAGGACAGGGCUGACGGCAUCGACCUAAACAUCAGCCAUGUUAGCCAGUCAGAGAAAAAAGGAAAAGCCUUUCUUGAGUACAUGAAGAGCAAGGUGACACAGGUGACCGCAAAGAGCAGGUUGGAAGAGCUGGAGAAGGAGCUGGCUGCUGUGCUGAAGGACACUCUGAUGGAACUGGAGAAGCUCCACUGUUUCCUGGAUGCGGUAGAGAAGCUGGCAGUCACCUCACUUCAUGUGUUCAUGGAGGGGAGGCAGGUGGUGUUGCACCUGCCAGAGGGUCGGCCUCGAUCAUGUUCAGGUGUGAUCGCUGCUGCACGGCUGGUCUGCCCUCUGCUCGUUGAGUUUAAAAGAGAUGCAAGGGUCUUCUUCCAGCCCAAACUGCAGAAUGUGGAAGUGCUGGCGUAUCAGCUGGACAAAUACAUCCAGACCACCCAGAGGAUCUGUGGACUGUUGGAGAAAAGCACUUCCAGUGACUUCGACCUGAACAUGAUCAAGAAAUCUGCAGUAGACCUGGAUUUGGAUUUAUCAGAAGACGACAUGGAGAGGAUGCUCUAUCACAUCAAUCAACUGGAUGACAUCAGAAUGAACCAGCACUUCUCUUUGGUGUACUUGUUUCAUGACUGCUCUGGCUUCCUCGACGAGUUCAGAGAUUGUCUACCUCGCCUGCUGCAGUCUCUAGAUGGACUGGAGGAGAUUGCUGUUCAGCUCGACUCCAUGAAUAAGGGGGCAAAGAUCUCCAGUGUGGUGGGCAGCUCAGUGGGGGCGGUUGGAGGCGUGCUUUCCAUCAUUGGUUUAGCAUUGAUUCCUGUAACAGCUGGAGUGUCUCUGGCUCUUACCAUGACUGGGAUAGGGCUUAGUGUCACCAGCGGGGUCAAUGGCGUUGUCACUACGGCGACAGAGUUAGGAGUAAACAGUACACAACGAAAUAAUGCCGCUGAGGUCUUCGAGGGGCUCAUGAAGGAUUUGCAGAGUCUCCAGGAUUGUCUGAAGAAAGUCAGCGAUCAAACUGUCGCCAGAAUGGAAGCAAGUCAGAUAAAUGUAGUCUUGGGAGUGUGCAAGGUGCUUGUCAAAGGUGGUCAAGCUUUAGGGAACGUGCCAAAGGUGGCCACAGACAUCCCAGAUAUCGGACAGGCAGCAAUCAAAGGGCCUCUGGCCCUCACCAAGUCCGCCAGAGCCGGUCUCAUCGGGCUGAAUGCUUUUUUUAUCGGCAUGGAUGUCUUCUUCAUCUGUAAAGACAGCAUCAGUCUGUCCAAAGGCAGCGAGACCGAGGCCUCACAGUUCAUCAGAGCCAGAGCGGCACUGUGGCGCUCAGAGAUCGACGCCUGGCAGAAAAUCUACGACUCCCUGACAGAAGGUCUGCAGAAAUCAGAGAAAAACAAAGCUAUCCUGGAAACGCCAUUUCAUCCAGAGUUGGAGAGUGAGCUGAAGAUGGAGACGAAGAAACAAAAACAAACGGAAAUGGAAAUUCCCCCUGAUGAAGAGAAUGAAAACAUGGAAAAAGAAGGAAAAAUUGUGUAAUACAGUAGUCUUCAGGGAUGAUUGGCCUUUUUUUUUUUUUAGCAACUUGAGCAAUAAGAUUUGAUAUCAACUUAAUGUAUGAUCCAACAAAGAAAUGAUAAUUGCACUUUGCUUAAAGAUUACUGUUCAGGAUCAAACACUGUUAAAAUUAAAAAUGUAUGUAAUUAUUAUGACAUUAAGCAACUUUCCAUGCCACUUUUCUUCUCGUGAAUGUUGGAUUUUUUUUAACCUUUCGCUGAGCCAGAUUCAUUUUCAAAUUGAAUUUGAAACAGUUAUCUGUAGGAGAAAUCAAUACAGUUGAAUUGUCUCUCCAAAGGGAACUUGAAUAAAUGGGCCCUUAGCGCUUAAAUGUGUGGGCUCAUUAAAGGUGAAGUUAUACUCAUAAUUGAUAUCCUGUGAUCAUAUAACCAUUUCAUGUUUUUGUAAACCUAAUUUUUGAA